AGUGAUGACCCAGAUUCCAGUGGUAGAUUUCUCAGAUCUCGAGUGCUUGAAGCCAGGGACAAGUUCAUGGCUCUCGGUACGCAAACAAGUAUGCAAUGCACUUGAAGACCCGCUUGGCUAUUUCACAGGGAUAUUGUCCAGCGAACUUACCUUGGAGCUUCACAACACCGUCUUUGGUGCAUUUCAGGCUUGGACCAAUGACAAAAUAAGAGCUUAUAAACACAGAGUCAACCUGAUUCACUCAGAUCAGAUAAGAUACUCGUUUGGGCUCUUCUCACUCAAAAAAGGAGUAACAACCGUACCGAAGGAGAUGGUGGACAAGGAUCACCCUUUAAAGUAUAAACCGUUGAAUCAGGUUGAGUAUAUUCUAUUAAACAGCGACAAGCGUGGCCCGUGGUCCACCAUUGUACCGAUAUUGUCCCAACUUAACCACAUGUUAGAUGUUGGGUUUUAAUCACAAAAGGCCUUGGUACAAUUGGGUGUGAUCCACCCAGUUAUAACUUAUAUUUUAUUUGUCAUUAUUCUAAUGUGAGAUAUUUCCUCUCCAACACACCCCCUUACGUGCAACCUAGCUUUAGGUCUGCACGUGAAAUUAAUUAACAAUCCAAUUCCCAUAUUGGAAAUUGGGACACAAAGCCUCAUAUCGGAGACUUGGCCAAUAUAACAAUCCAAGGCCCACAUUGUUAUCCAAUCGGAAUAUUCCGAUGACAAUAUAAAGAACCCAAAUUCAGGCCCAUGAUAAUUGGAGAAGCAAUUGGAGAGGGACCCACUCUGAUAUCAUGUUAAACAGCGACAAGCGUGGCCCGUAGUCCACAAUUGUACCGAUAUUGUCUCCACUCUAGGUGUUGGAUUUUAAUCACAAAAUGCCUCGGUACAAUUGGGUGUGAUCCACUCAGUUAUAAAUUAUAUUUUAUUUGUCACUAUUCCGAUGUGAGAUAUUUCCUCUCCAACAUAUUCAAGCACAAGGUUACAAAGAUUGUGAAGGACAUGAGUGUGAGCUCAAGGCAUUCUGUGGUAUUUGAAUAUUUGAUUUCCUUUUAGUCACAUGGGUACUGUGGUAUUCAAGCCCAGGAGUAACAACCGAACCGGAGGAGGUGGUGGGCAAGGAUCACCCUAUGAAGACUAAUAUAAUUACCAUUGUUUAAAUAAA